AUGGCAUCUCCGUGGCCUGUGUGGACCUUGUCUUGGAUUCUGAUUCUGCUGGCUGUCCUGGCCCCCGGGGCUGCAGCUGACUUCAACAUCUCAAGCCUCUCUGGUCUGCUGUCCCCAGUGAUGACGGAAAGUCUGCUCGUUGCCUUGCCCCCGUGUCACCUCACAGGGGGCAAUGCCACCCUGACUGUCCGGCGAGCCAAUGACAGCAAAGUGGUGAGAUCUAGCUUCGUGGUGCCUCCGUGCCGCGGACGCAGGGAGCUGGUGAGCGUGGUGGACAGCAGGUCUGGCUUCACGGUCACCCGGCUCACUGCAUACCAGGUGACAAACCUGGCGCCAGGAACCAAAUACUACGUUUCCUACCUCGUGACAAAGGGGGCAUCCACCGAGACCAGCAGAGAAAUCCCAAUGUCCACACUUCCUCGAAGGAAGGCAGAAUCCAUUGGGCUGGCAAUGGCCCGGACAGGGGGCAUGGUGGUCAUCACGGUGCUGCUCUCGGUCGCCAUGUUCCUGCUGGUUCUGGGCUUGAUCAUCGCCCUAGCACUGGGAGCCCGAAAGUGAGGAGGACAGCACCAGGCAGCAGGCAGCAAGUCCAAGGCACUGUCUGUGUUCUCAGCCGGGGGUGCUGCGUCUGCUCCUGCCUCCGCUGCUGAGAAGAUGGCCUGCUCCCAGGCCAAGGCACCAGGCCUGAGCUCCUCAGAGCCGUUAUCUCCCCUCCCUUCUCCACUACAGCCCUUUCCUCCCUCCGUCCCCUUCUCAUCCCCUAGGUGUCCCCUUGGCCCAACACUCCCUAUUACUGCCCUCA